AAAUUUUCAAAAAUACAAUUUAUAUUUAACAUUGAAAAAUAUGCUAUUUUACUUUAAUUUAUUUUUCUUCAAAAUUAUUGGAUUAGUGCCUUGGAAUACAGAUAUUUAUCAAAUUUUCAGUAACAAAAUUCAUAAUUAUCAAAUUUAUCCAUUUGAAGUUUCAAAAUGCGGACUUAUUUACAAUGUUUUAUUAAUGAUUACUAUGUUUACAUACACGGCAGUUGGAUUAAUGUUAGAACUAUGGGAGCAACAUUUCAUAGACUCAGUUAUAGUGAAGACGAUUGACAAAAUACUUAAGUUAUGUGGGAUAAUUUUGAUCCUGACCGUGUGGUUCAUUUAUAUUUUACAACAAAAAACAAUCGUGGAUAUUCUUAAUAAAUUGUAUCAGAUAAAUAAUGGUUUGAAGAAUUGCAAAAAAUACAAAUUUGAUACUAAUUAUUAUAUAUAUUUUAUAAGUUUUGGUAACAUCAUUAUGUGCUUCAGUGUAAUAUUACUUGAGUUUUUUAUCGAUUCAAUAAUCACAUUUUUAUUAUGGGCUACACCUUUUAUUGUCGGAAGUUCUGUUCUAAUACAAUACACAUUAUUAAUAAAUAUUAUUCUUCAAAUUUUCAAAAGUAUUAAUAAAACAAUUCUCAAACUUGGUAAUGUGAGAACAGAGAAUGAAAUAAGAACAUUAUUUUUCACAAAGGUUUUAAUUGGAGAAUAUAUUGUCAGAGAUAUUAAUAUUCUUCAUUAUUCACACAUAAAAUUAAGUGAAAUUUGCAGUGACGUUUCAGAUUUUUAUGCAUUUCCAACGUUAUUGACUAUAAUUUAUUUCAUUACAACGGCAACCUAUAAUUUACAUUUCAUGAUAGAAUCAUUAAUUACGAACAGUGAUCAAGUUUUGUUGGCGCUUUAUUCAGUCUGCAGCGUAUGGUUUUUGGCAGUAUUUGUCGACUUUGCAGUUCUGACUACAAGUGUAACCAGAAUCACACGUGAAUUUAAUCAAACUUCGCAUUGCAUUAUUCUAUUUUCUAAUCAAUGCAAAAUGGAGUCAAUUACUAAAAAUGCGCUAGAUGAAUUUUUAAACAGCCUAUUGCACCUUAAUCUGGAAUUUACUACUUAUGGAGUGAUCGACCUCAAUGGUUUCCUUUUACAAACUAUUGUUGGCACAAUAGUAACUUAUCUCAUUAUCCUUAGUCAAUUUCGUUCGUAAUAGUAAAUUACAAAAAUUUGGAAAAUUCAAAAGUGCUCACCUUUAACGCCCAUGUAGUGUAUCAAUAAGAAAUUUUGGGAAACCUUGUCGCUAUAUUUCCCUGCAUAUAUAAUUCAAAAUAACUCAUUAUCUGAGAAUUAAUUAUAUGAUGAAAAAAGAAGAAGAAAAAAAAGGUCAAAUUUGGUUUUUUCAACUCAGCCUGUUCUGGAAAGCAAUUGCUUCCGUUUAUUCAAAAACUGACAAAUGAAGAAGCUUGACAGUUUUUCGAAAAUAUAAGUUGAUAGUUACUUUUGUUUUUUAACUUCCCGCUAAGAAAAUUGAACAUUUUUUUUUUUUAAAGUUUUCUAUUAUUAGAGAGUAAUAAUACAUUUUACUUCGAUAACAACCUAUUAAUAAUGACAUAGAAAAUUAUCAGCUAGAAAUAUCUUUGUGAAUGAAUCAAUAAAAUUAAAAAUGCAACCAAUAUCGUGAUUAAUUAUAAUAAUUGAAUAAUCAACAUUAGCAAUGACAUGCAUAUAAUCUGAUUGAAUCUCUUUACUCAUGCAAGCCAGUCAGGAUCAGUUUUUCACUUGUAAACACGUAAUGUAAUGUCCGUUCUGGUUUCUGUACAUGUAAUAUCAUCAUGCAGCAAAAGCUAUUUUUUGAACGUAAAAAUGUGCAAAAAUACGACUUAUUAUAUCUAUCACUAAAAAAUAUUAUAUUUUACUGUAAUUUAGUGUUUUUCAAAGUUAUUGGAUUGGUGCCGUGGAAAACAGAUGUUUUUAAAAUUUUUAAUAACAAAAUUCAUAAUUAUCAAAUAUAUCCAUUUGAAGUCUCAAAAUUCGGAGCUAUGUACAAUGUUUUUUUGAUAAUUAUUAUGUUUAUAUACAUGUCAAUUGGAAUAAUAUCAGGACAAUUGGACCAAGAUUAUAUAGACUCAAUUAUAGUGAAAACGAUUGAUAAAACUCUCAAGUUAUACGGAACCAUUUUGAUGCUUAUCGUGUGGUUCAUUUAUAUUUUACAACAAAAAACAAU